GAAAUGGAUGAUAGAGGAAGGGGUGGAUGUGGUAUUUAAGCUUAGUCCUAUAUUUUGUUGUGGAUUGCAAGCACAAAGCCGAAAGCAGAUUCUUCUUCUCGUUGCUCCCUUCUCUGCCCCGCACCAUGUGCAAGUUCCAGCUUGCAGCCUGAAUGAUCGUAUUUCCAUUCGCAUUAAAAUAUUUUCCCCGCAAUUUAGCCGUUCAAUUGGGGUAACUUUUAGAGAAAAUCAAACAGAGAAGAAACUAAGAGAAAACGGAGAGCAUUUUCGAGCCCAGGAUGUCUUCUAAUGAAAGUUAUCAGGAAGAAGAUGUGGGUAAUGUGGAGCUCGAAUCUGGCCAUUUCGGGUGCAUGCAUUAUAGACGGAGAUGUAAGAUCAGAGCACCUUGUUGCGAUGAGAUAUUCGAUUGCAGGCAUUGCCAUAACGAAUCUAAGAACUCAAUGGAAGUCGAUCCUAUCGAUCGCCACGACGUUCCUCGCCAUGAUUUGAAAAGGGUAAUCUGCUCUUUGUGCGGUACAGAGCAAGAUGUUCAACAGAAGUGCAUUCAAUGUGGGGUUUGCAUGGGGAAGUACUUUUGCCACAAAUGCAAGUUCUUUGAUGACGAUGUUUCAAAGAAGCAAUACCAUUGUGAUGAAUGUGGUAUAUGCAGAACAGGAGGCAAGGAGAAUUUUUUUCACUGUAAUAAAUGUGGAUGUUGCUAUCCAACAAUGUUGAAGGAUUCACACUGUUGUGUUGACAAAGCAAUGCACCACAAUUGCCCGGUUUGCUUUGAGUUUCUGUUUGAUACUAUGAAAGACAUUGCGGUCUUGCGUUGUGGACACACUAUACAUUUAGAAUGUGUGAAAGAGAUGGAACGGCAUUGCCAGUACUCAUGCCCUGUUUGCUCAAAAUCGUAUUGUGAUAUGUCCCAUGUGUGGGAAAAGCUUGAUCAGAAGGUUGCAUCAACACCUAUGCCUCAGAUGUACCAAAAUAAGAUGGUUUGGAUCCUCUGCAAUGACUGUGGGAAAACAUCUGAGGUGAAUUUCCACAUUUUGGCUCACAAGUGCUUAGAAUGCAAAUCCUACAACACAAGGCGGACGCAAGGAGGGCCUGCUUCAUGCUCAUCAAGGACUGCUGAGAUGGACACAAUAUAUUGAAGGUGAAAUUACAACA